AUGGCCGCUGAUGCUAAGCCUGCUCCCACAGAGGAUGCCACUGAUACAGUUGCCCAGGCCUUGGACCAGUCUGCACCGCGGACGGCACCUGAAGCCCACGAUGACCACCAGGAGGCACCGCUGUCUAAAAUUAAUACAAAUAAGUCACAGGGGCCUUAUGGGAUACACCCAAAGCUAUUAAAAGUACUCAGCGGUGAACUAGCAAAACCAUUAACAGAUUUAUUUAACCAAUCACUGGCAACAGGAGUCGUCCCAGAAGAUUGGAAAUUAGCAAAUGUUGUGCCCAUUCACAAGAAAAGUAGUAUGGAGGAAUCGGGCAACUAUAGGCCAGUAAGCAUGACAUCAAUAGUGGGGAAAUUAAUGGAAACCAUACUUAAGGAGAGGAUUGUAGAACAUCUAAAAUCCCAUGGAUUGAAAGAUGAAAAUCAGCAUGGGUUUACUUCAGGGAGAUCAUGUCAAACUAAUCUUAUUGAUUUUUUUAAUUGGGUGAAAAAAAUAAUAGAUGGCGGAGGUGCAGUAGACAUCGCUUAUCUAGACUUUAGUAAGGCUUUUGAUACUGUCCCACAUAGAAGGCUUAUCAAUAAAUUGCAGUCUUUGUGCGUGGACUCCCAUAUUUUUGAAUGGAUUAGGCAGUGGCUGAGGGACAGACAACAGAGGGUUGUAGUCAAUAGAGUAUAUUCAGACCAUGGUCUUGUUACCAGUGGGGUACCUCAGGGAUCUGUUCUGGGACCCAUAUUGUUUAAUAUCUUUAUCAGCGAAAUUGCAGAAGGCCUCGAUGGUAAGGUGUGUCUUUUUGCUGAUGACACAAACAUUUGUAACAGGGUUGAUGUUCCUGGAGGAAUACACCAAAUGCAAAAGGAUUUAGGAAAACUAGAGGAAUGGUCAGAAAUCUGGCAACUAAAAUUUAAUGUUGAUAAGUGCAAGAUAAUGCACCUGGGGCGUAAAAACCCAAGAGCAGAAUAUAAAAUCAGUGAUACAGUCCUAACCUCAGUAUCUGAGGAAAGGGAUUUAGGGGUCAUUAUUUCAGAAGACUUAAAGGUAGGCAGACAAUGUCAUAGAGCAGCAGGAAAUGCUAGCAGAAUGCUUGGGUGUAUAGGGAGAGGCAUUACCAGUAGAAAGAGGGAGGUGCUCAUGCCGCUCUACAGAGCACUAGCAAAGCUGUUAAAUAUUUUUUUCUCCAGUGUAUUCACUGAGGAAAAUAAACUGUCAGAUGAAAUGCUGAAUGCUGAAAUAAAUUCGCCAUUAAAAGUGUCCUGUCUGACCCAGGAAGAAGUACAACAGCGACUUAAAAAAAAAAUAAAAAUAAAAAUAAAAAUAGACAAAUCGCCAGGACCGGAUGGCAUACACCCCCGUAUCCUAAGGGAAUUAAGUAAUGUCAUAGCCAGACCCUUAUUUCUGAUAUUUGCGGACUCUGUACUGACAGGGAAUGUCCCACAGGAUUGGCGCAUGGCAAAUGUGGUGCCAAUAUUCAAAAAGGGUCCAAAAACAGAGCCUGGAAACUAUAGGCCGGUAAGUUUAACAUCUGUUGUGGGUAAACUGUUUGAAGGUUUUCUGAGAGAUGCUAUGUUAGAGCAUCUUAUGGGAAAUAAGCAAAUAACGCCAUAUCAGCAUGGCUUCGUGAGGGAUCGGUCAUGUCAAACUAAUUUAAUCAGUUUCUAUGAGGAGGUAAGUACUAGACUUGACAGCGGCGAAUCAAUGGAUGUCGUGUAUCUGGACUUCUCCAAAGCAUUUGACACUGUACCUCAUAAAAGGUUAGUAUAUAAAAUGAGAAUGCUCGGACUCGGAGAAAACGUCUGUAAGUGGGUAAGUAACUGGCUCAAUGAUAGAAAACAGAGGGUGGUUAUUAACGGUACAUACUCAGAUUGGGUCACUGUCACUAGUGGAGUACCUCAGGGGUCAGUAUUGGGCCCUAUUCUCUUCAAUAUAUUUAUUAAUGAUCUUGUAGAAGGCUUGCAUAGUAAAAUAUCAAUUUUCGCAGAUGACACUAAACUGUGUAAAGUAAUUAACACUGAAGAGGACAGUAUACUACUACAGAGGGAUCUGGAUAGAUUGGAGGCUUGGGCAGAUAAGUGGCAGAUGAGGUUUAACACUGAGAAAUGUAAAGUUAUGCACAUGGGAAGGAAUAAUGCAAGUCACCCGUACAUACUAAAUGGUAAAACACUCGGUAACACUGACAUGGAAAAGGAUCUAGGAAUUUUAAUAAACAGCAAACUAAGCUGCAAAAAACAGUGUCAGGCAGCGGCUGCCAAGGCCAAUAAGAUAAUGGGUUGCAUCAAAAGGGGCAUAGAUGCCCGUGAUGAGAACAUAUUCCUACUACUUUACAAAUCACUGGCCCCCACCCUCUCCAGAUCGGAUCUCACCCGCUGGGAGACGGGCGGCACCUCCCUCCUGGAAGGCAAGCUGCUGUUCGACGAGGUGUGGAGCCAUGCAGCAAUGAUCUCCGAAGCCACGCCGACAGCCCAUGCUUACAGACGGCCUAGAGGUCGCCGUGCCGGUGUUCUCGUCAGACUAAGGAGGAAAGGUCUGAGGUCAGCGGUACCCUCGAUUCUCCUUGCGAACGUCCGAUCCCUCCCCAACAAGUUGGACGAACUCUGGCUGAUAGUCUGCAAGUAUGGUCACGGCGAGCAUACCCCGAUCAUCUGCCUCACGGAAACAUGGCUGCAUGAUGACAUCCCGGACAACGCUCUCCAUCUCCACGGAUUUAACUUUGUUCGUGCGGACCGCGUACCAUCCCUUUCGGGGAAGUCCAAAGGCGGCUGCAUCUGCUUCUACAUCAGUGCUACCUGGUGCCCUAGUGUCUCCCUCUUAGAACAGAUAUGCACUGCGAACCUUGAGGCGCUCCUCAUCAACUGCAGGCCGGCCUACUCGCCAAGGGAGUUCUCUUCGUACGUGCUGGUGGGUGUUUACAUCCCCCCCGACGCUGACACCGGUAAUGCCCUACAGGCCCUCAGCGAUACCAUCACAAACUGGGAGUCGGUCCUUCCUGGCUCACUGUUCAUCGUGUUGGGUGAUUUUAAUAAAGCGGACCUCCGUCGUGUCCUACCACGCUACUCCCAGCACAUUGAUUGUCCCACGAGACUCUCGAACACCUUGGAUCAUUGUUACACGCCUCUAAGGAAAGCGUACAAAGCCGUCCCGAGAGCCGCAUUAGGCUCAUCCGACCACUGCCUUGUCCAUCUGGUCCCCUCCUACAGACGUCGCCUAGAGUCAUCGAAACCGAUCCGUAGAACUUCCAGAGUGUGGUCCGAGGAGGCCAAGCUACAACUACAGGCCUGUUUUGACUGCACAGACUGGGGAGCCCUAGAAGAGAAUGACCUGGACACCUGGGCGGAUGUUGUCUCCUCGUACAUCAGUUUCUGCGAAGACUCCUGCGUCCCCUCAAGAUCUUACACGAUUUACCCAAAUGACAAACCGUGGUUCACAAACAAGCUCAAACAACUACGCAGGCGCAAGGAAACCGUGCAUAAAUCCGUGAAUGUGACUACGGUUCACACCCUGCUGUCCAAGCUAAAUGCGAGAAAAGCCCCUGGUCCCGAUGGUGUCACUCCUGCGUGCCUGAAAUAUUGCUCAGUCCAACUGGCCCCGGCCCUCACCCCAAUCUUUGACAGAUCCCUUAAGGAGGGACAUGUCCCCGCCUGCUUUAAGAUCUCAACUAUCAUCCCUGUGCCGAAGAAACAGGGCGAUUCUGAUCUAAACAACUUCCGGCCCGUGGCUCUGACUUCGGUGGUCAUGAAGACCCUAGAGAAGGUGGUCCUCUCCAUCCUGAAGACCGCCACUCUGGACCGGCUGGACCCUCUGCAAUUCGCCUAA